ACACACACCUUCCUCCCUUGCUUCCUCUCAAAUAUCUGCUUUUUCCACCCUGUGGAAAGAAUGAGGCUUUUUAAUUGUGAUUUAAUUGUUGCCCAUCUGAAGCAACAUCCUUAUCUGUGCUCAGAAGUACUCCAACAUGAUUCCUGCCUAGGCUUCUAUCUUUCAUGUGUAUCUCGCUUAUACGUAAUCGGACUUUGUAUGGAGUGAGCAUAUAGUCUAUCCAGUGCGAUAACAGCUCUUUCCCAUCCUUCGACAUGUCUUCGAAAGACGCUGUUCAUGCGGCGGACGAGACGCGAUUAGCAGCUUUGGGCUAUAAGCAAGAGUUCAAGCGUGAAUUCACCCCUCUUGAGGUUUUUGGAAUUGCGUUCUCGAUUAUCGGACUGGUGCCCUCAAUAUCGUCGGUUCUCUUUUACGCGAUACCCAACGGAGGAGGGCCUGCCAUGGUUUGGGGGUGGGCCGUUGCAAGUAUUUUCAUACUAUGUGUUGGCAUGGCAAUGGCCGAACUAGCCAGUGCUGCUCCUACUUCUGGGGGAUUAUACUACUGGACCUACUCAUUGUCGUCAUCCCGUUGGCGCAAUUUGCUUUGCUGGAUAGUCGGAUACAUGAACACGAUCGGAUCUAUAGCAGGUGUAUCUUCGAUUAACUGGGGAUGCGCCGUUCAAAUCAUGGCUGCAGUCAAGAUUGGCUCUAAUAACCAAAGCUUUGAGCCAACGAACGCCCAGCUUUUUGGUGUAUAUGUAGCUAUAAACCUCACUCACAUCGUAAACUGCAGUCUGGGCACAUCGGUUUUAGCAAGGCUGCAGUCCGUGUACGUCGCUCUCAACGUCGUGUUAUGCUUCGGGGUUAUUAUCGCCUUGCCUAUCGUUACUCCGUCGGAAUUCAAGAACAGCGCACACUUUGCCCUAGGCGAAUUUGUCAACCUCAACGGGUGGACAGAUGGCUUCGCAUUCAUACUGAGUUUUUUGGCGCCGCUUUGGACUAUUGGUGCAUUCGAUUCCAGUGUCCACAUAAGUGAGGAAGCGUCAAAUGCUACAACUGUCGUUCCUUGGGCAAUCGUAUUGGCGGUGGGCAUUGCUGGAGUGUUGGGCUGGGCAAUCAACAUGACCCUUGCUUUCUGUAUGGGGUCGGAUCUGGAAGCGAUAUAUAAUAGCUCCCAGCCCAUGGCGCAGAUUCUGUUCAAUGGUUUUGGACAGAAAGGAACGUUGGGUAUCUGGGCAAUUAUUGUAUUAGUACAAUAUAUGAUGGGGUCCAGUAUGCUUCUAGCCGCCAGCAGACAGACGUACGCUUUUAGCAGAGAUCGAGCCCUUCCAUUCUCCCACUGGCUGUAUCGAAUGAAUAGCUACACGGAAACGCCGGUUAACACUGUCAUUUUCGACGCCGGUUUCGCAAUAUUACUAGGACUACUCUCAUUCGCUGGAAGUAAUGCUAUCAACGCCGUUUUUUCAAUAUCCGUCAUCGCAACGUAUGUCGCAUACAGCAUCCCGAUCGCUGCCUGCUUUAUGGGAGAGAACAAUUUCAAGCCUGGACCAUUUCACCUCGGAAUAUUCAGUUUUUCGAUCGCGCUGACAGCCGUAUUGUUCAUGACCUUCACGAGCAUAGUGUUGAUGUUCCCCACAACUCCCCAAACGACUGUUCAAGAUAUGAACUACUCCGUAGUAGUGCUGGGAGGCGUGAUGAUUCUCUCGUUGAUAUGGUACUACUUCCCUAAAUAUGGUGGGGUUUACUGGUUCAGGGGUCCUGUUCCUACAUUGGAUCCCAUGAGUCCCGGAUCAGAGGACAUGGGCAAAAAAGAGGCAGCCAACGUGGUUGCAGAGCUGGUUGUGGAAUGAUUGUAUCAGUAGUCCCACCUAUUUCCGCUCUCAUUAUCUCGUUGAACUUAGACCUUAUGAAAUUAAGCAUUGGACCUGACCAUUGUUUGUUUUUUUUUUCAGGGAAGAAGAAUUGAAGGAAAAGCGGGCUUAUGGAUCAUUCUUACGCCCCUCGACUACGCAUAGAUAGACUUACAAAC